ACCGGUUUAUCAUGGCGGCCGAACUACUCUUUCCCAAGCUGGUGAUUUUUGGGGCGUCAGGGCCAACUGGACGUCAUUUGGUACAACAAGCAUUGAAUAAAGGUCACUUGAUUUCCGCUGUUGUAAGGAGUCCGGACAAAUUUGACAUCAGACAUGAAAAGUUGGAAGUCAUAAAAGGAGACGUGUUUGACUCAGAGUCACUAAAUCCCAUUCUUCAAGACAAAGACGCUGUAUUAUCUUGCCUUGGUGCACAUGGAACAAGUGUCUUUAAGCACACAACCUUGUACUCAGAGUCAAUGAAGUCAAUAUCAGCAGCGAUGGAGAGGAGUAACGUGGAUAGAUUAGUCUGCGUAACAUCAUGGGGCACUCAGAAAGAACCAGGAAAUCCUAAACUUAUGGAGUACUUGCUCAAGCCGUUGAUGAUGGCCGGAUUCAUACAUGACAUGGCAUUGAUGGAGAGGAUGCUCAUGGAAACAAAAUUGAACUACACCGUUGUGCGUCCUCCAGGAUUAAAGAAUGGUCCGGCCAAAGGAGAUUACUCAGUACAAGAAGGGCAGAUUGUCCCAAACACGUCGUGGUUCAUACCAAGAGCCGAUGUUGCAGACUUUAUGCUAUCGUCGCUUAAUACCCCGGAAUGGGACAGAAAGUGCGUGGCCAUAGGCAGCAAGUCGUGAAACGUGAUGUGACUGGUAUUUCGUGUCAUUACCUGAUUAUUCAAUACCUUUAUAUGGAAGACUCCCUGUCAAUCCAAUCAACUAGUACGGAUCAAGGCCAAGGUCAAAAAAUAGACAGUACAGUUAUGGUCGACAUUAGACCGUUAUUACAAUAACGGGGCUAAGUUGUCAAAAGUGUUGGUUGUGAAAGUGACAAACAUUUUGUAAAGGUGUAUAAGGUUGUUGUAAAGUUGUAUGGGAUGCGUACGGUGAGGUUCCAAUUAAUCUUUGGUUUAAAAUUAAUUUACCCUCUUUUCGUUUUUUUCUUUAUUUAUUUCCUUUUUGUUAGGUAAGGCAAUGUUUGAUAUAUGACUGAAACUGACAAACAAAAUCACGGAUAAAAUUACACCACAACGUAUCCAGGGUUUAGAAACUGAUGCGAGUGACUUAACGGAAAAUAAACGUACGCUCUCGCUGAAGAAUGAACAAGAAAAGUCAUAACAUAUACUGCACUAGGUACCCCCGUGUAGGAUAGAGAAUGACAUCAAGCACUUUUACUUUCCUUUGAAUCACGAGUUAAAUUCAUCAACCAUACCAUCACACUGACUUUUUCGUAUUGAUGUGAAGUUACGUUUUGAAGGGAACACAACAGUGGCGACGGUGGAGAGGGAAAAUGGUAUUGUCAUUUUGAGUCAUUUGCGAAUGCGGUUCAGCUUCGACAUUCUGUAAUUUCGAACAGAACGCGAAUUACUUCAAUAGAAAUGUAAAGUUUAAGAUGUCAUUGCACUAUUUAUCGUUGAUAUUAUUAUAUCAGGGCUUCCUGUAUUAUCAAGAUAUCUAAAGUACUUUAAGUAUUUACUUUGUGGUGCUAAAGGACGAGAUCACUUUAAACCGAUUCGAGGAGUGAUCUUUGAAGUAAACUCGCAGAGUUUUAGUGAAACGAUUUGUAGUGUGCAUAACGUCUUUUCUUGGGAAGAAAGCUUCCCAGAAACAUAAAGUUUGUGAAAAAUUAAGUCUAUAUAUAGGUGUUUAACUUAAAAAAACAAAUGCUCUGUCCAGAGGUGCACUCCAAACAGGCUACCUACCUAUUAUGUUCUAAGAUCAUCUAAAGCCUUUUUCAGACGUUCUCUUCAGACACUUUUAUUAGCUCAUUCAUGUGCUUGCACAAUGAAUGAGUAUUGUGAGGGGCCAAGAUGUGAACUCUUUUUGUAGACACUUUUUGUAGACAUUUUUUGUAGACACUUUUUGUAGACCCGUUUUGUAGACGGAAGUAAAUCGGACCGGAAGUGAUUUGUGAUGUUCCUCACCACCCCUCCCCCGUUCGUCUUAAUUAAAGUCCAAAUAAACUUCGAACUCGCUCCAAUCAGCAAGUGCAAAGAAUAAAAUAAAUCACAAUUACUGU